AUGAUAUCAGCUACGCGCCGAUGGUUCAGGCGCAAUCGCACCAACUUCGCCAUCGGCGCCGGCGUGCUCGGCGCUGGCUACCUCGCCGGCCAAUACCUGCUGGGCAAGCUGUCUGAGGCUCGCCAGCGCAUGGGCGACGAGCGCAUCGCCCGCGAGAACCUGCGCCGCCGCUUCGAGCAGAACCAGGAAGACUGCACCUUCACCGUCCUCGCCAUUCUGCCCACCGCCACCGAGAACAUUCUCCAUGCCCUGCCCGUCGAGCAGACAUUGAGCGAGCUGCAGAAGCAGAAGGCCGAACGUCUGCAGCGGAGCGUUGCGCCGUCGGACAUUGCCUCCACCGACGCGCCCUCCGAGGCUCCGAGCGCGGCCGACGACGACGGCCGGAGCUUGAAGAGUUUCCAGAGCGAGAGCAUCGUACAUGCCAGCCAGGUCGUUGGCAAUGGCGCCGGCGAAGGGAGCAGCGAUGGAGCUUCUUUGGCUCCCCCGAAGCCCAAAAAGAGCAAGGCUCAACUCUGGAACGACAUGAAGAUUCACUCUAUUGCGCGAGCCUUCACCCUGCUCUACACCCUGUCACUCCUCAUCCUCCUGACUCGCAUCCAGCUCAACCUUCUCGGCCGUCGCAACUACUUGGCCAGCGUCGUCACUCUGGCCUCGCCUCCCGCGCACGGUACCGGCAUCAGUCUGGAGAAUCAUGACGAUGACAAUGCCGAGCAAGCUUACGGCAAUGACUUUGAAACAAACCGCAGGUAUCUCUCUUUCAGUUGGUGGCUGCUGCACCGCGGCUGCAAAGACAUCAUGGAGAAGGUGGUUUCGGCCGUCAUGGACGUGUUCGGACCGUUGAAUCCACGUGAAGAGAUUACACUAGAGAGGCUGUCCGAGUUGACGCUCGAGGUGCGCAAGAAGGUUGAAGGUGCCACGGAAGAGGAGCGGAGGGCAAGCAAGUGGCUCGCAUAUCUUCUUCCUCCGGCCGACAAGGAGUCUUUCGUCCUCUCCGAGUCUGGCAUGGCCACCGAGGAGAAUCCGGCCAGUGCCGAGCACAACACUCCUCUUCGCCGCCUACUUGACGAAACAUCUGACAUCAUCGAGUCGCCAUCCUUCGCCCACGUCCUGACGCUUCUUCUCGACACGACCUUCUCUGUCCUGAUCGAUAACAAGAUUGCCACGCUCUCGUACAAGCUGCCGCCCGUGUCUGCCGAUUCGGCGCGUGUCAUUGAGCUUACCGACCCCAACUCGGCAAAGACCAAGGUUGCGAACACGCUUGCGAUUUUCUGUCGCCAAGCACAUGUAAUCGGAAGCGGCACGAACAAUGAGUACCUCUCGGCAAUGGAGGACGUGCGUGAUCUCGAGGCAUUUGCUGCAGUGGUGUAUAGCAGCAACUUCGAGUUUGAGCCGCCGGAAGAUGUUGGCAAAGGCACUGAGACGCGUCCGACUACGGCCAGAGGAUCGGUAGUCGACGAGCCGGCGUUCGCCGCGCUUGGGGGCGAGGCAAGUAUGAUCGAGAAGGACAGCGGUUUCGAAGCGGCAUGGGGAAAGGCAAUGGGCAAGGAAGAGGGGAAGGAAGCUUGA